AUGGCCACCCCAUCUCUGGAAGAAUUGGUUAAAAUGAUGGCAGCUUACCAGGAGUCCCAUGGCUCUUUGGACCAGGUGCUGUCCCAAGUCCAGCAGGCUGCAGGAGGACGUCCAGACCGGCGUGAGGGUGAUGAUUCCUCGCUGAGCGGGCGGAGGGCCAGGAGGUCAAGGCCUCCGUCGCGUUUAUCCCCGAGUCCAGUGCGGAGAAGCGGAGGAAGGAGUGUUCCCCGUUCUGAGGGAGGCAGCGGUGAGGCCGGGCGCUUAUCAGCGCGAAGAGUAGCCAGUCGGAGACGGAGAAGGGCCGGACAAGUGAUGGUGGAGUCCGGGCCCGAAGAUGGCGGCGAUCUGGAUGGCGGGAACCCGGCUGGAAGGUCGCGCAGCCCGCACGCUUCUCUUCCGGCGCGGGUGAGAGGGACGUCAUCACGCACGCAAGCCGACGUGCGUGCAAUGUCGGACGUCAUGACGCCGCGGCGCGCAUGCGCGCGGCCGACCCGGGCUGGAGCCGGAAGUUCCUCUGCGGUGCAGGAGCACCGUGCUCAAGUGCAAUAA